CCCCUCCUCUCUCCUCCCUUUCUUCCAGUCUCUUGUUUCUCUCCCCCAGCCUGGCUCCCAUCUCCCUGCCCCUGCUUUUCCUCUCCAUAGACACUCUAUCCUCUGCCCCCAGCGGCCCUGAUUUUUCCCUCUGCACUCUCCCCCUGCACUGGAAGGGGUGGGGAGACAGGACCCCUACUACAGACCAUCACUGGGGUCCAACCCUGGCACAGAAAAGCCCCUGCAUUGAGAAGCCAGCCCAGUGGGCUUGUGAAGUUCCAUGAUGCAUGAGGGCUGAGGAGAUGAUUUUAAUCGGAGUAAGUUUACCUACGUCUUGUUCUGCUUCAGACGUCAGAAGACCCUGUGGAUAUAAGCAAAGGGAUUUUUAUAUUAUUUUAACUCAUGAAUAUCUUUAUCCUGGAUUAUAGCUGACAUAUAAAUAUAUAUAUAUACUUUUACAAAAUUAUUUUAUAUAAAAAAAAAAAGGAAAUUGCAAUUUUCUGUUUUAGCAGGGAUUUAAAUUUUAUACAAAAAUGACAACCUCAUCUAUAAGGAGACAAAUGAAAAACAUUGUAAAUAAUUACUCUGAGGCUGAAAUAAAAGUUCGGGAAGCCACCUCCAAUGACCCAUGGGGUCCCUCCAGUUCCCUCAUGACGGAAAUAGCUGAUUUGACUUACAACGUAGUGGCUUUUUCAGAAAUCAUGAGCAUGAUAUGGAAAAGGUUGAAUGACCAUGGGAAAAACUGGAGACAUGUUUAUAAAGCAUUGACUUUAUUGGAUUAUCUCAUCAAAACCGGGUCGGAGAGAGUGUCCCACCAGUGCAAAGAGAAUAUUUUCGCUAUACAAACACUGAAAGAUUUCCAGUAUAUUGACCGGGAUGGGAAAGACCAGGGCAUCAAUGUGCGGGAGAAAUCAAAACAGUUGGUGUGUCUCUUGAAAGAUGAUGAGCGAUUAAAGGGCGAGCGAGCUCAAGCCCUCAAAACGAAAGAGCGAAUGGCUCAGGUUGCAACUGGGGUUGGCAGUAACAACCCUAUCUCUUUUGGUCGAGGAUCUAGCCAACCCAACUUAUCUACUAGUUACUCCGAGCAGGAUUAUGGGAAGUCUGGAGGCUCUCCAGCAUCUUACCAUGGAUCCACAUCACCGAGAGUCUCAUCAGAGCUGGAGCAAGCCAGACCCCAGACCAGCGGGGAGGAAGAACUGCAGUUACAGCUUGCUCUGGCUAUGAGCAGGGAGGCUGCUGAGCAGCAGGAGGAACGUAUCCGGCGAGGUGAUGACUUACGGUUACAGAUGGCCCUGGAAGAGAGUCGUAAAGACACCAUUAAAGUCCCCAAAAAGAAGGCACAGCAACCAACGUCUUUGCUGGACUUAAUGGACGCACUACCAUCUGCGGCUGCUGCACCACAGAAAUCAGAGCCUUGGGUGGCGCCCGCAGGUGCAACAGCAGGGGCAGCAGCCGCUACAGUCACCAAGAAUCCGCCUGACCCAUGGGGAGCACCAGCCUCCUCUCCAAUCGCUUUGGUGGAUCCCUGGCAAUCAUUUGCAGGAAGAAAGGCAGCUGCUCCCAAUGACCCUUGGGGAACCAACCCCACCUCAUCUAUACAGUCUCUUCCAAAAAACACAGACCCUUGGGCUCCUUCCCAGUCAGCAGCUGCAGCCAAUGCUACCGCAGACCCCUGGGGACCUACACAGGCUAUUAAGAGCAGCACAUCAAAUACAGGAGGGACUUCUUUCGACCCCUUCAGUAACUUAAAUGGUUCGAAGGACGACUUCUCAGAAUUCGACAGCCUUCGGUCCUCCUCCAAAGUAUCAGCCGAUUCCAUUUCCACGUUACCGUCCUUGCGCAGUGGAACUACGAGCCCAGAUCUGUUUGACUCUCAGUCUGUGAAUAUGAGCAACAGCAAGCAGACAAUCGCUCGGAAAACGCCAGAGUCUUUCCUGGGGCCCAACGCAGCUUUGGUGAAUCUGGACACGCUCGUAACCAUGCCCUCGCAACCUCCUCCUACAUUCAACCCAUUUUUAGCUGCAGGAGCCCCUUCAACAACAACAGUAGCUCCGCUUGUCAACCCUUUUCAAGUGAACCAACCACAGGCGCUCACUCUAAACCAGUUACGAUCCAGUCCAUUGAUGGGAGUAAGCCAGUCUUUUAGCUCCGUGUCAACGCUACCACCUGCCGCUCCGACUGGACUAGCCGUAAACAUGCCCAUGGCAGCAACUUUGCCCCACCACAGCACCACCAUCCCGCCAUCGGCAGCACAGGCAAUGAAUGCCACCAACCCUUUUCUGCUAUGAAUGUUUGGAGUACCAGAGUGGAAAUGUUGCCAGCAGCAGCCAAGGAUGGUGUCCAAGGAAUAACACUACAUAAUGCAAAUACACUGCUUAGCUGUCAUUUGGUUUUGUUUUUUAACCUCUACUCCUAUUGAGUAACGAAUUGCUGCUCCUUUCUUCAGGAAUAGGGGGCACAGGAUUGGUCAGGCCUGGGAGCUGAAGAAACUGUCCACUUAGGAGUGAGAACUGAACACCCCUCACCAAAGUUAGAAAACCAUCUUUUUGUGUCCUUACAAUGUUACAGCUUGUUGUGGGGUGGGGUGGGAUGAAGUCCGUUCAGACACAACCCGGACCAUGCCAUGUCUGAAAAUAUAAUGUUCACCUCGAGCGAGAUAUGGUUCACCUUUUAAACAUUUUUUUUCUGGGAAAUAAAAUGUUUCACCUGUUGCUUUGGAAACAAAAAUAGCUUGUGGAAUUUCAAUAAUUGUGUCUUUUGGGGAAAUCCAAAGAUGGAGGAGAAAUGGCUUAACAGAUGCUAAUUUCUUACACUGAUUGUCUGAGGAAUCCAUAGUGAGGAAUAUCACAACAUUAAAUUCCUUAUCUUCAAUAACCAUACACGGUUGUUUACUCUGUAAAAUAAUUCACAUUAACUCGACAAUACUAUGUUUGUGGCUUUGUAGAAGAGUCUGAAGGUAAAAUUGCAACAAUGGUUUGUGUGUUCGAUACCUAUUACGUUGAUUUAUCCUAUUGGCAGUAAACUGCAAACUUCCAAUCCAGUUUUAAUUCAAGGGCCGUAAAACAAUGUAUUCUUUAUGGUCUUGAUUACGUCAAUGUUCCUGGCCUAACUUGUUCAUGGUUCAAUAUAGAUUUGUAUAGCUUAGGCACAUAAUGUUAAUGAGAACCAAACCUAGUGCAAGGAUCCUGUUAUAGACUGUCACGUGAACCAGCCUACAGGUUAUUUUUAAUGGUAGGUCUACCGAAACGAGGGAUAGCCACCUCCACCAUGCUUGGGUGUGACGUGUUAACUUGUAACAGGCCUAUUAUGAAAUACAACACGUUGAUGGGACCUCA